AUGCAUAUUCCCGACGUUCAGAAGCUUGCUACUGCAAGCCUGGCCCUUGCUAGCGCCACACUAAGCGGUGACACCAUCAUCAAGGGUAGCGUGCUCGACUUUGCCGUGGAGAAAUGCAUCGACAAAGACGGAAACGCCCGGUGCUCCAAGCCCUUUCCCGUAAAGGCCGAUGGCUGCUACAAGCUUGAGUGGUCGACCGAUGGCGCUCUGUCGCACACCACGGUCGAGGUUCGAGAUGUGGGCAGCGGCGAGAUUGUGUACUACCGCGACACCAAUGGCGAGUGGAAGCCCAAGAAGAACGAGCUGGUGUAUCUCGACUUUAAGCCCAAGAUUAUGGGGCAGGGAAACAAGACUGUCGACUACGAAGUAAAGAGCUGCGACAAGGAUGAUGAGCUAUAA